AUGUAUCCCAAACUGGCAGGCUCAGUGCUUGCUGCAUUGAUCCUUUGCUCUCUCAUACCAAGCACGGAAGCACAGACCUAUUCGUCAUGUAACCCUCUGCUGCAGAGUGGAUGUCCUGCAGACCCCGCGCUGGGCAGGAGCGUCGACGUUGAUUUUACGGCAGGCUCCUCAAGCGAGUUCACCGCGUCAGGAGCUGUCAGCUAUACUUCCGACGGUGCAGCCUUCACCAUCUCCCAGCAUGGCGAUGCCCCUACCCUCUCCUCGAAUUGGUAUAUCAUGUUCGGGCAUGUCGACUAUGUGGUGAAAGCUGCACCAGGAACAGGAAUAGUCAGCGCCGCGAUUUUGCAGUCUGAUUGCCUUGACGAGAUCGACUGGGAAUGGUUAGGCGGGGAUAAUACGCAGGCCCAGAGCAAUUAUUUUGGAAAAGGCAUCACCACAACUGGUUACAAUAGAGGAGCCUACCAUGGGGCACCCAACAACCAUGACGAGUUCCAUACAUACAGCAUCGACUGGACUGCUGACCAGAUUGUUUGGUCAAUCGACGGGGCUACGGUCCGAGCCAUGACUCAAGAACAGGCUGAAGCCGGCCAGUACCCACAAACUCCCAUGUACGUCAAACUGGGGGCCUGGGCUGGUGGUGAUCCAUCCAAUCCCGAGGGCACGAUUCAGUGGGCUGGAGGAGUCACUGAUUACUCGAAGGGGCCCUUCACCAUGUAUGUGAAGUCUGUCCACGUCACAGAUUACUCGACCGGGUCCCAGUAUACCUACAGUGGAACCAGCGGCACAUGGCAAUCCAUUGUUUCCACUGGCGGCCAAAUCAACAGUGAAGGAGAUGGAACACCUGCCUCGUCCGGGACAGCACCCGCCGUUACCUCCUCCGUGCCCAACAGUGCUCCGCUGGCCUUUGGGAACAGCGGCGACACUUCUUCUGUGUAUGCAACGCGAACAGGCUGGCCGUGGUCUGGAACGGCCACAGCCACAGCAGUGUCUGUGUCAACAUCCCUGUCCUUCUCUUCGUCCUCGUCGGCAGCCUUGCCUUUGGGUUCGGCCUCGGCUUCGCUUGAAGUGGUCAAGUCGUACAACGAGCAAGGAUUUCCGACACUGGUCACCAUCAAUCCGGCGGCGCCGACAGCACCAAAGAGCUACGAUAGCCAGGGGUUCUCCAUCAGCGAGCUCAGCACCAGCUGUUUCUUCGACCUCGGCCCCAGGACCAUCCGAAAGCCCGAGCUCCGCAGCUUCCGCUCCCCAGAGCUCGAGUGCUACGGCAUCGGAAGCUCCUGGAGCUGCGAGUACAUUGUCAAGCACAGUGCCUAUCUCGACCCUCAGUUCGACAUCCACAUUGAUAUUGAGCUUUGUGCCCACCUCAGUCUCCGCCACGGCGUCAACGACAGUUAUUUCCACCGAAACGGGAUCAAUAACCGUAUCCACAUUUAA